UUUGAGGAGGGGCAGGAUGCCGGAGUCAAGUGGAAGGAUAUAUGUGGAGGGUAAGCGGUUAGUCUUUCCUUUUCCUGUGGGAGCCGCCGGGUAGAGAGGAGCGUGGCCUUCUCCUCUCCCCGCCAUGGCUUGUGCCCGUCCCCUCAUAUCGGUGUACUCUGAAAAGGGGGAGUCAUCUGGCAAAAAUGUCACUUUGCCAGCUGUGUUCAAAGCUCCCAUUCGACCGGAUAUCGUGAACUUUGUUCACACCAACCUGAGGAAAAACAACAGACAGCCCUAUGCCGUCAGUGAAUUAGCAGGUCAUCAGACCAGUGCUGAGUCUUGGGGUACUGGCAGAGCUGUGGCUCGAAUUCCCAGAGUUCGAGGUGGUGGGACCCACCGUUCUGGCCAGGGUGCCUUUGGAAAUAUGUGUCGGGGAGGCCGCAUGUUUGCACCAACCAAAACCUGGCGUCGUUGGCACCGCAGAGUGAACACAACCCAAAAGCGAUAUGCCAUCUGUUCUGCCCUGGCUGCCUCAGCCUUACCAGCAUUGGUGAUGUCUAAAGGUCAUCGUAUUGAGGAAGUUCCUGAACUCCCUUUGGUAGUUGAAGAUAAGGUUGAAGGUUACAAGAAGACCAAGGAGGCUGUUCAACUGCUUAAAAAACUUAAAGCUUGGAAUGACAUCAAAAAGGUCUACGCCUCUCAGAGAAUGAGAGCUGGCAAGGGCAAAAUGAGAAACCGACGGCGUAUCCAGCGCAGGGGACCUUGCAUCAUCUAUAAUGAAGAUAAUGGUAUCAUCAAGGCCUUCAGAAACAUCCCUGGUAUUACUCUGCUUAAUGUAAGCAAGCUGAACAUUUUGAAACUUGCUCCUGGUGGGCAUGUGGGGCGUUUCUGCAUUUGGACUGAAAGUGCUUUCCGGAAGUUGGAUGAGUUGUAUGGCACUUGGCGGAAGGCUGCUUCCCUCAAGAGUAACUAUAACCUUCCUAUGCACAAGAUGUUGAACACAGACCUUAGCAGAAUCUUGAAAAGCCCAGAGAUCCAAAGAGCCCUCCGAGCACCACGCAAGAAGAUUCAUCGCAGAGUCUUGAAGAAGAAUCCACUGAAGAACCUGAGAAUCAUGUUGAAGCUGAACCCUUACGCAAAGACUAUGCGCAGGAAUACCAUUCUUCGCCAGGCCAGAAAUCACAAACUCCGCGUGAAGAAGCUGGAGGCAGCAGCAGCAGCUCUGGCAACCAAAUCGGAGAAGGGGACUGCAGACAAGAAGCCUGCAGAAAGUAAGAAGGAAAAGAAGCCUGUGGGUGUCAAGAAGCUGAAGAAGCCUGUAGGAAAAAAGGCUGCAGCAACCAAGAAACCAGCUGAGAAGAAGCCAGCAGAGAAGAAACCUACCACAGAAGAGAAAAAGCCUGCUGCUUAAACUAUGAAAAUCUGUUUCAUUCCAUAGAGUAAAUAGAGACAGAGCCUAUUUGAAUAAAAACCUGAUCAAAGAUGCAGUGAGAAA